GACCUGCUCAUUAAAUUUGUUUGCUUGCGGAUCUCGAUCCCGGCUCCGAUUCAUUUGGACGCAAAUUCGACUUUAAUGUUGGCAAUAAGGAAGCCGCGUCAGAGAGUGUCAAAUGGUCGGAAGGAAAAUUUUGGAAGAUCGAUCGUUUCCAUGUGGCGAUACGAUCUCUAAAAAGACGCUUCGUCCGCAAUGCUGUGGAAACGUGCGCAUCAUGGACUUUACUGCACGAUGCUAAGGACUUGAGACAUGCUACGAGAAUGCUUGUUCAUAGUUUGGCAUUUCCUUGAUCGAUCUCUACAAGAGUAAUAGCGAACCUGACUAUCGAUACUGCAUUACCACAUUGCGAAGCCGUCAACAUGAUCUCCAUCUCCUUACUCUUCGCCACAGCACUGCUGUUGGCGCCCUCACACGCCAGCACACUCUUCCCAUUCGAAAAGAUACAAUUGACUCGAGAAUACAUCGACACCCUCCCCGCCGAAGACGCCGCCCUCUUCGCCUUCGGCAACCAGACCAUCGAAUCCAAAGCCGCAGUAGUACGCUGCCGCUACGCCCCCGACGACGGCAAAUGGCCCUCCGAAAAAGCCUGGACCAAACUCUCCAAGCAACUCAGCACCCCAACCGCCCUCAUAAAAACCGUCCCCCAAUCCGCAGUCUGCUAUCCGGGCACCAACGUCACCGACGACGCAAAGUGCCAGCAGCUCACAAAGGGCUACCAGGACUGGUCCACACACGUUGACGACCCGACGGAGGUGUUCGCGCCGAUAUACCAGGGUUUGACGUGUACUCCGCCGGCGAUUUACGACAGCGGGGGUUGCACGCUAGGUGGGUAUCCGUCGUAUGUAGUCAAGGCGAGCACGGUGCUGGAUAUACAGCUUGGGAUCAAUUUCGCGCGUAAUGAUGGUGUUAGGCUUGUCGUGAAGAAUACGGGGCAUGAUUACACGGGGAAGAGCGCGGGUCUCGGGGCGCUGAGUAUCUGGACGCAUGGGUUGAAGGAUAUACAGUAUAUUGAGAGUUAUGUGGAUGGGUCGGGGUAUAAGGGUCCGGCGUUCAAGGCUGGCGCGGGCGUUCAGGUGUCUGAAUUGUAUAAGGCAGCUAGUGAUCGUGGGGUUAUGGUAGUGGGUAGUGAUGCACAGACCGUGGGAAUUAUGGGCGGAUACAUACAGGGUGGUGGAUACUCGCCACUCAGUUCUUCCUACGGCCUCGCGGCUGACCAAGUCCUGGGCUUCGAGAUCGUGACGCCCAUUGGCGAAUUCGUCACCGCCAACUCCACCAGCAAUCCGGACCUUUUCUGGGCCCUUCGUGGAGGAGGCGGGGGAACAUUCGGCGUUGUGACAUCAGUGACAGUCAAAGCCUUCAAGGAAACGACGGUCACAGCAGCAUCGUGGUCAAUUGAUAGCACGAAAGUCAGCGUAGAUAGAUUCUGGGACGCGGUCAGGGCAUUUGUGGAUCGAUUCACCGUCAACGCUGACAACGGAACGUACGUCAAAAUUCAACUAACCCCCAACGCGAACGGCAAAGACGCCAUUUUCACCGUCCAACCCCUCUUCGCCCCAGGAAAGACCUCCAAAGACGUCAACGCCCUCCUCUCCCCCUACCAAUCCCGACUACAAUCCCUAAACGUGCCUUUCUCCCCCAAGAUCACCGAAUACAAAUCCUUCUACGCCGCCUGGCAGUCCGAAUUCUCAACUACUUCCACGAACGCCGACAUAGCAUCCGUCUUCGGGUCCCGCCUCUUCCCCCGCUCCAACUUCGAAUCUGAGAUCGGCCGCAGCACCACGUUCAGCGUGCUCAGGGAGGCAGUCACGACGGGCCACACCGCCACCGUCAUCAACGUGGCGCCCACGCUCGCCCGCAGCGGAAACCCAGACAACGCCGUGAGCCCCGCGUGGCGAGGUGCCCUCCUCCACGCCGUCGUUCGCCGCACGUGGGCGUCGAAGUUGUCUACUGCGGAUGUGCUCGCGGCGAGGAAGUCGUUCGAGGCGGGCAUCAUGCAGAAGUGGCGGGACGUCGCGCCUGGGUCAGGGGCAUACCUCAACGAGGCUGAUCGCACAGAGCCGAACUGGCAGCAGAGCUUCUGGGGGGAUAAGUAUGCGAGGCUGCUGGCGAUCAAGAAGGAUAUUGAUGUCAAGGACGUUUUUUGGGCGAACAAUGCGGUGGGGAGCGAGGGGUGGUUUGUCGAGAAUAGUAGCGGGUUGCCGGAUGAGAAUGGGAAGUUGUGUAGGGUUGGGGUGACGGAGUCGUCGACGACGACGAGGGCGACUGUUGCGACCCCUGCUGUCAGAGCUGUGCGUGGAUUGUUGCGGAGAGCGGAUGCUGUGCCUACGGGUGCGGUUUGAGGGGGUUUGAGAGUUCCGUUGGAAAAAGAGACUACAUAUCAUUUGUCGGCGUUGGUAGUGUUCUUCAGCUCAUAUCAUGGAUAGAGGGUUCUUACGUAUAACUUAGUGGUGUUCCUAUUCUUUCUUUCUGUCCACAUAUACCGUGCCCAUUGUCUCCAUCGAAUUUUAAAGAAGUGCUCUGAAUUGAAAGACCUCAAACCCAAGCUUUCUGUCUAGGAAUCCCGCUUAGUAGAUACAUUCCAAAAUGAUUCCAUCUGAGAGUCUUUGUCCCUGACUCUCGCUUAGUAGAGAUAUUACAAACUGAGACAUUUUAGAAUAGACCCAUCGGAGCUAUUUGUAUAGAACCGAAGAUAGUUUGUGCAG